UAGAAGAAAGAGAUAAAAAAAAAAAAAAAAGAAAAUCGAUGAAUUGAGAGCGAAGGGGAUGGAGUCAAAAAAAGAAACCCGCCUGAGAAUCGCCCGCCGGUUCAUCGACCACUUCGCCAAACUCGAAAUCGACAUUCUCCACACCAUCCUCGCAGACGAGUAUCACCACCAGUUCGCCCCGGCGUCGCUCGAUCCGCCCGGCCCCUUCGAUAAACAAGGCCUGCUAGACCACCAUAUCGCCCUGCGCGAGGUGAUGGUCGGCUUCCCCGUCACCGCCAAGGAAUACAUCGACAGCGAGAGCGAGUCGUGCGUCACCGUGUGGGCGACGAGCAGGGUGCAGUUCCGCGACGACGUCAAGGGGCCAGACGACAGCGAGGCCGACUGGGCGUACGAGGGCGAAUACAUCUUUCUCAUCUCCUUUGACGCGACGGGGGAGCGGAUCGUCCGCACGGUGGAGUUUCUCGAUAGCAAGCAGACGGCGGAUCGGCUUGUAGGAUUGAUGGAGAGAGCAAGAGAGAAUACCGGGAGGUUGAGUUGAUUCAUACAACCUUGUAUAUUAUUUGAAACUGGCUAGGUCUAUUAAAGGUAGACUCUUUAAUUAGAAUAGCACCUCAAGCUAAGCACUCAACUUAAGCACUCAACUU